AUGCAUUUCCCGGCACGAAAUUGCGCCCCUAUCGUGUCAGGGGUGACGGGAAGGAUAUCACAACGUGGGGCCCAGUACGCCUCGUUAAGGAAGAUUGGCUCAGCGGGGCUAAAUGGCUGGGCUAGGAACAACUCUACUGUUUCCUCUAGACAUAUCAGUUCGUUCUCAGAGCGAUUUAUCGAUAGGGGUAUUGGUCUCGGAGCUUGUGGUGCAUCACUGGUAACGAAGCCGGCAUGUGCUGGGCCGGCUGCAGUUUCACGACAUAAUUUUACAUGGAUUCAGACCAGACAAUUCAGCCAGGCAGAUCACACACAAAUCACAGGCGAGAAACAGAAGACCGAAGAGCUGUUAGAGAAGUUUGAAGUUCAAGAGGGUAAUCAAGAAGCCCGGCCUCAACGGACGCUUCUCAGUGAGAAUGGCAAAGAGGGAAAGUCACCGGAAGAGAAGAAGUGGCCUGAAAGGAUGACAAAAGGCAAAAUGUUGACGACGCCAUCGCGGCUCUUUAAAUUGAUCAUCCCUUUAACAACGAUCGGCAGUGAAGGCCACGAUAAAGAAAUCGAACCCAUAGCUAUACUAGUCCACCCUCAGCAACCAUUAUCAUACCUAGAACGCCUGAUUCAGUCAGAGCUACCUCCAAUCAAAGGCAACACUGACAAGCUCCGCCCACCAGCGAUAUCCUUUAUUGCCCUCCAGCACGAUGACAACGCAAUCAAACCCAAAAAGCGCAUCGAAGAUGAGAUCGACCUAGACGCAAACCAAAACAAAGAAGACUUCAUCCCCGGCAACGACGGCGUUGGUGGAAGCAAACCCCUCAACAGCCGCCGAUCACCCACCCAGCACCGUCGGUCCCGUGAAGAAGACGUCGAAACCUACAGCUAUCCACGCAAUACGGACGGCGACCCGCCGCUCGACGGCGAACCUGAACGUUUCGUGCGCUGGUCCCAAGCCACAGAGAUAGGCGACUUCAUCCGGGAUGCUUCGCGCGCGGGCGAGUUCAUAGUGACGAUCGAAGGUGCGCCGUCUGGUCUGAGUCAGAUCCGCGUCACGGUGCCAUCGUUCAACGAGCGCACGUAUUACCUCCGCAUGCGGCUGCGCAAGCUCUCGCGACGCAUCCAAACCAUGGCCGAUGUGAAGGAGGAGUGUGAUGCAUUGGCGCAUCGGGGUGCGCAGCGGGUUGCGAUUGGCGGGUUUGGAAUUCUUUCCAUUUGGUGGUUCACGGUCUACAGGCUGACGUUCGAGACUGAUCUCGGGUGGGAUACUAUGGAGCCUGUGACUUACUUGGUCUCUUUGUCCACUUUGAUGGGUGGUUAUCUGUGGUUUUUGUAUCACAAUCGGGAGAUUUCUUACAAGUCUGCGCUGGAUUUUACGAUCAGUGCGAGGCAGAAGAAGCUUUAUCAGUUACAUCACGUUGAUCUGCAGCUUUGGGAAUCUUUGAUUGAUGAGGGGAACUCACUUCGUGGGGAGAUUAAGAACAUCGCGGCUGAGUAUGAUGCUGAGUGGGAUGAGCGUGCUGAUGAGCAAGACAAACGUGUCACUGAGGUCUUGAAGUCAGAACGUCGGCAAAAGCAUGAAAAGAAGAAGGAUGAUGAUGAUAAAGAUGACAGGGAUGAUGAUUGA